GCGACGAGAGUGAUCAAGUGCUAUGCGAAUAUGACAGUUGAGGAGGAUACGACGAUCGCUUACGAUCGACAAAUGACAAUGGAGGCCAUUCUAGUUCGUGACCAAAGGACCACAUCGCACAGAGUUCUUGACCAUCGUACCUCAUCGAACGGUCUAAACAAUACUACUGCGUCCAACAACAUGACAACGUCCACUAAAUGGUACAAACCUAUUUUGGAUAAGAAUCCAUGUUACGCAGCGGAUGUCGCUCCGAGAAUAAAAAGAAACGAUGAAAAGAAGAGACACUUAUCGUGUGAUUCGUGCCCUGUACCUGCUUUUUACGACGAUCGAGGGAUACGAUCGAGAUACAAUGCAUCCGUCACUGCGACCACGUGGCUGAGGUUAGGUAGUCUUUUGCUGACCCUGCUCGUGGUCUCGGUGCACAGCGCUCCGACGAUGACCCUCGAGGGUAGACGACAUAACUCUCCCCCGAAAUGGGUGAAUCCUUGUGGCCUCGCUGCCGAAGAUUUUACCGGUGAUUUGGACGUGGUGCAGCUUACAGACUCGCAGCUUCUGCAACAAGUUGUCCUUCAAGCGAAAACAGCACUGAUGCACGCGGAACUUUUUCGUGAUGAUUACGCUAGACGAACGUUCAGCAUCGACUUCGCCGAGCUACACUUAUCGUUUAAAAACAGUCAUUACGAUUGGCUUCCCGGGCAACAGCAAAUUCCCAAGCAACUAGGAGAACAGCUGGAGCAAGAAUUUCUAGACAGAUUAGAACUUGAUACGGCCUUGAUCGAUACGUAUGAAUAUAUGCAAAAGUUUGCAGUGGGUCUAGAACAGGUAGUUUGGGAUCAAGAAGAUCUAAACCUUCAGUUUAGCAAGCAAUUUAAGGCCACCGAAACUGCACUGCGAACGGUGUUGUGCGAGCUGCAAGUGGCAUUGAUGGAGCGGCAGCUAUCUCCACGGCCAGACGUGUCACGCGACAUCAUGAAUUCGGAUAUUCGUGGCUUGGCAUCUUCAGAGACGUCCCGCAUGUUACGCGACUGGGUAAUCUUUCGGGACUACAUGAACGGGCUGGAAUACGUGGUGCAAGUGUUCGAACACUUACUCCGCGGUCUGCAGUCCUGAGGAUGGCAAGGCGGAAGCCGAAGAAGGGCUACCAGGCGACGACUCGCCCAUCUCAGGAAACCGGAACAGUUCAACCUGGAUGGCCAACUCUCGUCAUGAGGUUGGAGAAGAAAGUGGGUAACGGGGAAAGAACCUAGGCGUGCUCUGCCAAGCAGGCCCAGGGGCUACCUACUCUUCUCGGUUCCAGUGAGAUGUGUCUCCAUGGCGACGAUCGGCCUAUCCGUCGGCCACAGAUCAGCUAAUAAUGCUGCAUCACAGUGAAACCGACAGAUAUACCGUAUCGUCGGAACGCGAAAGUGUGCGUGUGUAUCUGUAUCAAGUUGACUAGCAUGACUUUGAGACAGAGAAUCGACGAAAAUCGUUCAAGAAUCUCGUCAAUAACAUACACCGCCCGUCGUUGAUGCUCACCGAGAUUCCACAGUGAGACAACCAAGGAGAUAGUGUGAACAACAAGAAACAGAGAGUCGUACGAUGAGCAGCCCAUUGGCUUUCGCCGCCGUAGUUCACGAACGUGUGUCAAUAUUACUCGAUUUCGUACGCGCUUACACCUAGUACGCGUCAUAUAUAUUACGCGUGAAAAUCCAUGUCCAAAGUAUAAUUAUUAUAUAGAAGAGGAUCGCUGAAGAUGACAGACACCAGUUCCGUGCAACAUCUUACCGUUCCUUGAGAUUUCCAUCAUCGAGCAAAGCGUUGUACUCUUAAGUUUGUUCUGAUUUAUCAGUUCUUUCACGUUUGGUAUCGCUGCUCUGACAUUGUGCUCUUAAAUUACUCGUGUGCAUCGAUCGAUUUUUAGAAAAUCACUCAUAAAGUUUAGCAUUUUAUCGGCUUAAUGACCCAUUCUAAUAUUUUAUACCGUUAAACGUAAAUUUCUUUCUUGUCAUUUAACAAAACGCUAUCUGAUUUUACUCGGCAAUUUUACUCACAUUUUACUCCAUGAUAUCUCACUUUUAAUCCGCGUGCAUUUAAAAUAUAGAUGUUUAUACAAUUGCAAACUUAUUCUCCUUGAGCACUAAUCAUCGAUGAUCAUUCUGCCCAUUUGGACAAUGUAUCAAUGUGUUUUCUCUUUCGAAUAAUUCUCUUUUAAAAACGGAGUUGCUUCGUUCGUGUUCGAAAGUUUCAAAGCAGCGGCACCAACAAAUAUUUCACUGUCAUUUUCAUUCAGGGAUUCAUUGAGGGAAAAGAAACGAACAAGACGUGAAAGAAGUUGAGCCGACAGGGAGAGAGGAAAGGAUUCAGAGGGAAUCCGUCUAAACGAGCUUGUGCGCCGCAAUGGCAUUAUAUCAUAAGUAUACAAGAAAAUACAGUAUUCGCGCUUUAACUUAGACUAUGCGUGUCGUGCGAGAAGGAAGUAAGAGAAAUUUCUGCGUAUGUGCUAUGCCGCGUGAUAUCACGCGCGAACCCUGAAAAAAGGUACAGCACGGCGUCGAUUGAAUCAUCGACGACGAAAGAAAACAAAUCUCUCGACGAGCCAUCCGCGCCCACUCUUAAUCCUACAUGAUAAUUUAUUGACUAACUGUAAUAUUAUUAUAUUCGUAUUUAUUCAGAUUAUUUAUUUUAUUUUUGUAAAGAUUUUACAUGUCUGAUUAACUGUAUUUAAAGUAUCUAGUUGAGCUUAAAAUUACCUAGAGUAUAGGAAAAAUACAGAAGGAUAUAUAUUAUUAUUAUUAAUUAUUAUUAUUAAUAUUAUUAGUAGAAUUUUAAUAGUAUCAUUAGGGGAAGAAGGAAACGCAUCGACGCGGCCGACGCCAUUUUACGUUACGCGCCGCGCUGCUGCUGCAACUCCCUUCGCUCGACGUACUUUUCUACGGUAUGAACAUUUAAAAUUUCAUAACGAUACAUACGAUCCGCAACGUGCGUUCCUCCCGCUCUUUUUAUCCGUUGUGAUGAUUUAUUUUCAACGAUUGAUUCUAAAUCAAUUUUAUCCGGCAUUGGUUCACUGGCUGGGCUUUUAUGACAAAAUUUCUUUUCCUUCUUUAUUCUUUUUUCCUUAUUUCUCUUUUCUUUUUUUUUUUUUUUGUUUUAUAUACAUAUAUACAUAUAUAUAGUGCCUGAUACUUCCGUUUUUAUCCGAGACUGUUGUAGGCUGAACAAAACGUAAUCUUCAAUGACUCGAAAGUAUUAUAAUUUUAUCAGUAAUUCAAGUGCAUUUUAUCUUCUGUACUAGGAUUUUAAUCUCUCGUAAAAUUCGUUUAUUUUUACUACCAUCGAUUUUUACUGAAACUUUACUAUUCCACUUUCACUUUUUAUUCCAUACACUUUCCUGUCUAGAAGAAAGCGUCGCGUAAGGUAUCACUUCGACAUUCGCUCGAAGACGGUCGACUUCACAGACUUUUCGUACUUACAAUCCGAAACUUGGAUACGGAUAAGCGCGUUCCGUUCCGCAAAAGAAAGGACCGCUUACUUUCAUAUUUAAUUUUCAUGUCAUUGGCGGCCUAUAAGCUUACCAUAGAUAGUUAGUAUAAAGCGUGCAGAAAGUUCACGACUGGUCGCACUGUUCGUGUGAUUUUGUAAAGUGUACGCGGAUGCACGUUAUACGAGACGCACUUUCAAUCCGAUAUCAUCGUAUCUGUGAUAUGCAUCGUCGAACGUCGCUCACAUGAUUAAUUAUUAUCAUCGUCGAAUUGUACUAACUGAUUUUUCCGAGUUCUGAUUUCGUCGAAGGGGAGGGAAAGGAAGAAAGAUAAAUAGAGGAUGUAUCAAAAGAAGGCGCUUAUGCGUGCUGAUAUAAAACAAUAUGAGAGAGGGAGAGAAAGGCCGAUGUGUGUGGCAAUGUCGAUCUCACGAAUCGAUCUCGAAUGCGUAUUUCAUUUUAUCACUGCUAUUUUAUAUAUUUUUUAUUUAGUAGAUCGUCACUUAUUCUUUGACGGUAUCGAUCAUUUUUUUUAGCUUCUUUUUCAUUUUCCUCUUUUAUUUCUCUCUCUCUUUUACAUAAGGAAGACUGCCAUUUUAGUUAGAAUCGUUCCAAUCAUCGUAGGAUACGAAUCUAUUUAAAAAUCGGACGCGUUUGACAUUCGAGAAGAAAAGAGGUCGCAGAUUUGUAAACGCUAGGAAGGACUUCGGCAAUUGCACGUAUUGAUCAGAAAGCAGCAGCGCAGCCUGUUCGAGCGUCGAUUAGCAAAAUAAUCCUACCGAUUGCCGAUAUGGAUUCUAUCUUUUUAUUUCUCUUUGAAUUUGAAUUCGAUCAACUUUUUAUUCGAAUUUAAUUUCACGUCGAAUCACCGCGCGCACGCUAUUUCUUUGGCAAAUUUUUCCCGUCUUUUGUCAUUAGACGCGGUGUAUUUAUGUAAAGAUACAUGGAACGUGUCUGUUAAAAAAAUGAAGGAAAAAGGAAGCUCAUUUUUCCUAUGGAAUUGAAUUGGAUGAAAUGAUCGUUGAUUCAAACGAUUGGAAGAAUAUUAGAGUAGUUUCCGGUGAUGCGUUUCACGGGCAGAUUCUACGUGAUCGAUACGGGCGAUAUAAAAUUUUGCGUAAAAUAAUUAUUGAUCGCUUGGUAUAUGUUGUACAUAAACAGAUUUGAUGAUAUAGAAGCUGCAAAGUAUAAUUAUAUAUGUGAAUAUGUAAUAUGUACACGAGCCCCUACCCUAGAACGUCCGCUCUGUUGUAUCAUAUUAAACCAAAGACAGUUCAACAUGGUAUAUCUUGCGUUUCAUUUCAUUUUGGCGAUACUUUCCAAUCCUCUUGCGUAUUUUCCUUCGUUUGAGAGAUAAAUUAGAAAGCAUGAUGAGAUGUUUUAUUUUUUAAGUGUUCAGUGUAUCCAAAUAUCGAAUAUUUUAUUAUAAUGCAUGGUAAUUUAUUGGCGCGAACUCCAGUAUUCUUGACAGUAUUCUUAUUAUAUUUAUCAGGUGGAAAAUAAAAGUUUUAAUUUAUAUUUUAA